AAAGUGUCUCAAUUUGAGCUGCAGAGGAGGGAGUUGGAUGGUGGGGUAGUUUAAUCGGCUUCUUGGGAGACAUCAAGUUCUAUUAAUGCAAUUUCAGUUGAAAAUUGUGUCAUGAUUCAGGCUACUUUAGGAAAACAAUAUAAUCAUCAGGUUGCCCGAUGAUCGCAUCAACCGUGAACCUCGGAGUAGCAACUUAGAACCGGACCUGUUCUAUACACCAAAUAGCGGAUCCAGCUCUGUUACGACAUCGAACACUUUAUGACAGACCGGUAAGCAAUAAUUUUCAUUAAAUAAUGGUUAUAUAUUUCAAUUGAACGAAUUCAGUCAAGAACGAGUACAAUAGAUUUGAAACCAAUCACUUAUUCGUUCUAAAAAUAUUAAUGGAAACAUUAAAUUUUCAAUUCAAUUUAAACUACAAUUACAAAUCUCACUAUUACAAUGUAAUUUGCACUUGGCUAGCCUGGUUUUACAAGAAAAUACUAUAACCAUUCUAAGGUCAAAGGGAAAACUGAGAAAAGUAACACAACCAGAAUUCAAAAGGAUGUAAUUCUGGAUUAGUCCAUGGUUUAUUUUUGCAACAAAAUAUAUAGUACGUAGUAUAUGGUUGGCAAAGUUGGAAAGUUUAGAGAUGAGAUACCGUUUUUGUUGUUGAUCGAUGGAGAGAGAGUCACACAUUUUGAAGAAGAAGGUGAUGCAGGAAUUGCCAAAGAUGCCAAGAGAGCUCAUAGAAAGAUUCACAAAAGAGACACCUUUGAACUGCCGCUGUAAAUCAUAUAGGAGAGAAGCAUACUUGCUGUGUUUUCUUGUUGCAUUUGAGUCAAGAUUGGAUUCAAAACCAACAGUUAGCUCUAAGAUGUAUAGGUAAUUGUUGUUAGUCUUCAAGAGAAGAUCUGGGCGAAGGUUUUCUCCAGUUAUGAUUGAUGGUGAAAGAUAGCCAGGAUAUCAGCGUAGAUGGUAGAUUCAUUAACAGCUUUAAGAGACGUUGCUAGAAAAUUUAAGAUAGAGUUAUGACGCCAGGUGUAUCGGCCUUGUUCAAGAUAUGUUUUGCAGCCAGCAACAACGUGAAGGAGGGUUUCUGGCAGAAAACAGAAGGAACAGUCUGAAGUCUGGCUCAAGUUCCACUUUUUCAGGUUUUUCUGUGUGGCAAGGGUAUUCUUUAGGUACCUUAUUGUGAAAUUGAAAAUAUUUUGAGGCAUGCUGCCUUGCACCUUGGACCAAAGUGCUGCCAAUUAGCAAAACCUGCAUAUCAAAUAAAAUUAUGUAUGAUGUAUGUAAUAUUGUAAGAAGCAAGGUGUACUCAGCAAAUACCAGUCACAUGAAUUCUUCUUAAUUGUUUCGAAAACAUAAAUAAAAGUAAGCAUAGUCCUUGCUCAUAAGGUUAUGCUAUUCAUUAGGAAUUCUUAUUUGCGUGUUUUGCAGAAAGAAAGCUGUUUUGAGCACCGCCUUUUUAGCUUCAACAGUGGCUUCAGCUUGGUGGGUACAAACUACCCGCAUGGAUGAAAACAUUAUAGGUUUUAUUGUGUAUAUCAAGUCUUCUGUUUUGGAUCAAGCAAAACAAUCAAAUGAUUUGUUUUCUUCGAUUUUUGUUAUGUAGUUAAUGUCUUUGCCACCACGAACUGUCCUGAGUAUAUCCAUAAAUUGGUAUUUUCCUGUUUCUAGAAAUGGUAUAUAUUCUUUAGUUGAACUUGUUGCUGUGCAAUCUGAGAUUAUACUUUUUCUGCAAUGACGAAAGCGGUUUCGGAGCGUUUGAAAUACCGAUUUUUCUUGCGCCUGCACUGUUGUGAUGGCUGAAAGGCCUUCAUUUGAGCAAUUAAAAAUGGAGCAGUUUCAGACUUCUUAAAGAAUUUUAAAUUGAACCAUGCAAGGACAUUAAUGAGUCAAUAACCCUUAACUGACAUAAGUUUUUGUUUUGAAUGUUUGUGGAUCUGUUUUCGUUAUUUUAACGCAAACUAUUUUCCGAAGAAGAACAGGGAUUGACACAUAGUAAUAUGUUAACACUUUAUGUUUUGGAUUUCUGUUGGCAAUCGUAAUUAGCGUCAAAUAGUAAUUGAAUUGUGAAAAUCAGGUUAUUCUUUAAGGCAAUUUGGUAUUUCCAGCUCACUUGCAACUAUUACAAACAAUCUACCAUAAGACAAUUUUCAUCGCCGUCCUUUCCCGCGUAUAUGCCAAACAGAAUUCUGCCACCCGCCAUUAAUACAAGUAAAUGGAAAACUUGAUUGAAGAGAGAGCGUGGCUGACGCUCCAAGAGCUCAAGCUGGUGGAAUUGCUGCUCAUAUUAGUAUGGCAAUGCUUGAGGGUGGAGACCCUGAGUUUCUUUCCGACACUACGAGUGAUGUCGAAUCUAUCCCAGAAGAAACAGUGAGACGUAAUAUGGCCAGCAGUCCAAAAGAGGCCGCAAAGAGCAGUCAUUUUGGAAAGACGAGGCCUAAUGCUUAUGAGCUGAAGGGUGGUCGACUGGAAACGAGAGACGAUACAGAAGAGAUCAUUCGCGGGUUUAUUCUUGAGAAAGAUAUUUUAAAGGAAGAGCAUAAGAAGGAAAAGGAGGAAAUAGUUGAUAGUUUGAUCAAGGACAGAAAUGAAUUGAUCGACAAGUUUAGGAAGCGCGUUUCGGAACUCGAAAGAAAAAUUGGUAAUGACCAAGGUGAGUCUUCUAGGCCGAAAGAUUCCGGAAUAUACAUGACAGAUAAAGGGAUGCCUAUUUAUAUAAAAAUGGAUAAGAACAAUGUCAUCAGUGCCGAGGAGUUUUUGUCAAGGCUGCGGCUUGAAGACAAGUAUGAAACGGAAAAAGAUACCCUAGAGAGGAGUUUUCGAGAUGAAAGACGGUUGUUGAAGGACAAGCUUGAGUUUGAUUACAACUCGAAACUACAGCAGGAAUCAUCCAAAUUUCGUUUGGCUGUUGAUGAUUUAAGAAGAACAAUCACUAACUUGAAGCAUGAAAACAGAAGGCUUGAGUCUGAGUUGAAAAACAAAGAGCAAGAGUCCAAUGUUAAGGAGCUUGAGAUGAAGUCGAAGUUCAAAACAAUGAAAGCGAACCUAGAAACGAGUUCCUUUAACGAGAAGAUAGCAAUAAGAGAAAAGUUUGAGGAAAAAUAUGCUAAAGAAAUGGAUGUGCAACGCGAGCGUUAUGAAAAGAUUUUUUCAGAGCUGAAAACUGAGCUACGAAGCAAAGAAAAAGAAGUCUCAAUGGUUUUCGAUAGCGUUAAGGAUUAUGAAGAAAAGGUUCAAAGGGAGCUGAGGGAAAGCGUUAGCAAGGAAUAUGAGUUUCAGUUUGAAAAACUGAGAAGAGAGAAUGAACGGCUGAGUGCACAAGUUGACAAACUGGAAAGACACAAAGACGAGCUUGCAGGUAGAGUCAAAGAACUGGACGAUAACAAUUGUAGUAAAAUGAGCAUUUUGAAUGAAUUUUCAAGUAGGUUAAAUUCGGAGUAUGAAAUAAGGUUAAAGAAAACAGUGCUAGAGAACGAAAGUUUGCGAAACAAGCUUGAAGAUCUCCAAGCCGAAAAUCAGAGCAAGGAAAGAGCCUUGAGGAACUACGAGAAAAGCAUUAAAUGCCUUGAAGAAGAGCUUUCUUCAAAACAUGUUGUUAUCAAUGACAAUGAGGAAGCAAAAGGCUAUCUACGAAAUGAAAUUAAAGAUUUUUCUCAUGAGAUUGAUCUGUUGAGAAGAGAGAAGGAUGAGUUACAGAAGUUACUCGAAGAGCACAGGAAUACUGAGAAGGCAAUGAAAAAUAGAAUGUCAUUGAAGGAAACAGAGGCAAAUAAGGCUCUUGAUAACUGUAAGAUUCUGGAGCGAGAAAAGUUGAAUCUUGAAAGAAAGAUGUCUUUACUAGGCGAGGAACUCAAGCAGUCUCAUGAAGAAAGUGAAGCGUUGAGGAGAGAGCUUAAGAAAUUCGAUGAGGAGUCCGGCUUCUUUAAAGAAAUGUUAGAUAAAGAACGCAAAGAGAGAAAUCUUCUAAGUGAACGGUUUCGUCGAGAUGCGGAGGAGAUUCGAAGAAAAGAAAGCGAAUGCUGUGUUUUACGUGAAGAAUUACGAAUGAGAGAGAACAAAAAUGAAAUGGAGCUUGAUAAUGAUGCUGAAAGGAUUGAUAAAAUCAUGGAACUGGAGGCGAAAAAUUCUGAUUUGCAAAAGAAGCUGAACGAGUUUGAAGAAAAGCAAGUGAUUGUUCUUCGAAAGGAAAGAGAAGAUAUACAAAAACAGUUUGCAAAAGAAUUUGCGAAAAGAAUACAAAUGCUAAAACGAAAUUACGAAGAGGCUUCUGAGGGCUUGAAAAAAGAAAUAAGGUUUUUGCGAUCAAAGAUUAGCGAAUUAGAAGUCACAGUGUCUGCCAAAAACCUUAAUACGAACGGAAGAAUGGAUAACAGUAUUGAGAAGAAAGUCCAGUUCCUAGAAAUGGAUGGAAAUAGACAAUGCUUCAAAUCAUCGCCCCGUGGGCAUGGAAAAAAACGAGACUUUGAUCUUGGGGACCAAAACACCAGCGGCCAAUCGUCUAGCGUUCGUAUUUUCGAUUAUGCAAUGAACCAUGAAGCCGACGCAACGUCAAGCAAAAACAAACCAAUUGCACCUGCUAUUGCUCCUUCGCAGCCACAUUUAGCAGUUGAUCGAAUUGGCAGGGCAUCUUCAAAGCCGAUUUACCAAGGUGCGUUUUCAAGACAAAGAUCAAGAUCGCUUGACUCUUCAAGUGGUAGGAACUUCGAAGGAGCUUUGAGGUCUAGUGGCUAUGCCCGAGACGGUGUAGAAAUGACAAGAAGGACUGGUAAUCCAGAUGAAGAAAAAGAGUACACAUUGCCCAGUAGAUCAAAAAGGGAUUGUAGCACAUUUAGGGAGCAAGGAUUCUUAGAGGGCGAAUAUGACCUUGAGCUAAAGGUGGAUAAUAUGAACACAGCGUCAGGCUUUGAAAAUAGACGACCUUGCAGUGAUCGGGAGCGGAGAUGUCAUACGCAUAGCAGUAAUGAAAGAAUGAUUUUAGACUUACCUCCCAAGUAUACGUCGAGUUCUAAACCUUUGCCAUUAUCUGGAGCGCUUCAAACAAGGGAAGGUUCAGCCAGGUUCUUAGGUAGAAACCAUAGAAAUUGGGAAACCGGACAUUCAACGGAUUAUCUCAAGGAAGGGUUUGAAACACAACAGGAAUGUCUAUUUCAAAGAUCUGAGCACGAACAAUUCCCAGAAAACAAUUCGCUUAACGAGAAAGAACACCGAAACAGCACAGUUAAGCAAAGGUUUGUCAGCUGUGAAACGGAGGACCAACUAAUCGAUCGAAUUUUGAAUCUUGAAGACGAAAUACGUCAAACAAGGGAUUACACUAGUGGUCUUGAAGAUAAGCUUAAACAAAAAACGAUUGAGGCUGACGACACAGCAGAGGCACUAAGGCUGCUCUACACCACCCAGGCUCAAUAUAGCAAAAUUGAUUCUGAGACUGAAAGACUGAAACACGUCAAAGAGAGUUUUAAAAGGAAUGAUGACUCCAUAGAAAGCAAAAGUAGCCAAAAUACUUUCAAGAAGAAGAUCAAGCGCCCAAAAAAUGAUAUUAAACACACUAAUAAAAAAAAUAAUUUAGAUUACAAAGAUAAAGAAAGGGAUAGAUUUAGUGACGAGAUGUCAGUUUGACUUUGGUGCUUUUGUAAAUAAAUACCCUAUGUAAUCUUCCCUAUUUAAAAGCUGCAGAAUUUUACUGAAGAAAUUUUAUCUUGUAUCAUAAAUUGGUAUAUUGUAGAAGUCAUUGUAAACAUGUCCUCCAUUGUAUCUUGUCAAUUAUACUUUGCAUUGUAUUCGUAUCCACAAUAGAGUUACUAUUCAAACA